AUGGAACAAAUAGAAAUUGGCGAAACCUUAUCAAUUAGUAAUGAAACAGAUAUCUAUACUUAUACGAUCGUAGUCUUUUUAUUUUACACCUUACCGGGAUGGCUUUUUUCUCUUGUCUCUUUCACAACCAUCACUCUCUCUAAAUGGAUAAUCCAAAUUUUAUCUUGGUCUUUCACACUCGAACUUAAUUUUACUACUUUACUUUUAUUCUUUGGACUUAUUUCCACAAUAGGAUAUUUUGUCUUUCGAUAUCUAAUUCUCACUAGAUACUCCCGUCUUCCGGAAACACUUCAGACGCAAGGAACUACCUUUGAUCUACAACCCGAUGUUUCUGAUGAAAAUGUAAAACCACAAAUCUUUUAUCCUGAUGAAUUUUUAAGCGCUUUUUUAGAAGGGAUAAAAGUUUUUGGUUAUUUGGAAAAACCAAUCUUUCAUGAACUUAAAAGACAAUUGCAAACAAAGAAAUUAUUAGCUGGUGACACUUUGAUGUUAGAGAAAGAAAGAUCCUUCUAUAUUGUGGUAGAUGGCUAUGUUCAAGUAUUUGUAAAAACGGCUAAUGAAGAAGAUAUUGUGCUUGAUCCGUUUGAAAGUGAUGAUUAUAAUCGUGGUUAUCAACUUCUAAAUGAAGUUACAAAUGGGGGAACAUUAUCAAGCUUGUUUACUAUUUUAUCUUUAUUUACCGAUGACAUUGAACUUCGUUAUAAUGAUGAUACUGAUGUAAAUAAAUCAAAUCAAACAAAAUCUGAAGAGAAAACAGAGAGCGACAUUACAAAUCGAGAGAGCGCAGAAUCCGAAAUUAAAAUGUCAGAAAAUCCUGAUACGAAUAAAUCGGAAGAACCCUCUAAAGAAAAGAAUGAACCUUUAAUUAAUAGUUUUACACAUUCAAAUAUAAAAUCAUCUAGGCCACAAAUUUUAAGGCGUUUUUCAAAAGAAAAUUUAUUUACUACAUCUGUUCAUCCAAAUAUUGUUGCCAGAGCAACGGUAGACACUACUUUGGCUGUCAUUCCAGCUGAAGCAUUUCGCAGAUUAACAGAAAAGUUUCCUAAUUCUGUGGCUCAUAUUGUUCAAGUAAUCUUAACGCGGUUCCAACGCGUUACUUUUUGGACAGGAUAUAAAUAUUUAGGAUUAACAAAAGAUCUCUUGAGAACUGAAAAAUUGAUGAAUGAGGUUGCAAGCUUUGGUCUUCCCAAUGAUUUCUUUAGACCUGGUUGCAUGGAACGUCUUCGCAUGAAACAUGUAGGUAAUAUUAAAAAGUAUAGUUGUACAACGGACAUGGAAAGCGAUAGUGGAUUGAUUAAUAAAACCAAGAAAAGCAGGACAUCGGCUCGUCCUAGGCCUAAUGUUAUAUUUGAAGAUGACUCUUUGGAUAAUAAUAACACCAAAGAUAAUAAAUAUCUUAAAACUCCAACUACUCGAGCACGUGUACAACCUACUAGUGGUUCUCAAUUUAAUUAUCGUGAAUAUGAUGCAGAGGACGAGAUGUGCCUUAAAGAAUCAGUCCUUGAGGCUAUCUCGAAGAGGAUUGGUCUUUUGCAACCAAAUCAAAACAAGGAUAAAAACAUAUUUGAAAAUAAGUCACGACCAAUUUCUGUGGAUUCUAAUAGUUCCGGUUCAACAUUAUAUCCUCAUAAUAGUCCUUAUAGUGGUUCAAUCCCAUUGUUAGACAUUCCUGAUGAUGAUUCGAUUGCAGAAACUAUAUCUUCAUUGACUAGUGAAUUAGAUAAUGAUGUUGAGAUUUUAUAUUAUCCCAAAGGUUCUGUUCUUGUAACUGAAGGGGAACGAAGUGUAGGAUUGUUUUUUGUCUUUGAUGGCCUUUUGGAUGUUUCAGUUACUUCAAAUGAUAAGGAUUUUCUCGGAAAUGCCUUUUCAAAUUUAUCCACUGAUUCAUCGACGAAAAACACUAAAAUUAAACCUAAACACAAAAAGAAAGAGUCAGUCGUAGUUAAUCCAUCAAAUAAUAAAAGUUUAUUCAUGAUUAAACCUGGUGGAAUCGCUGGGUAUUUAGCCGCAUUAACAGGGUUUCCAUCUUUUGUAAAUAUUCGAGCAAGUACUGAUACUUAUGUAGGAUUUUUACCAAAGAAUUCAUUAAAUCGUAUUAUGGAAAGAAAUCCAAAUGUACUUUUAACUUUGGCCAAACGAUUAAUAAGAUUAUUAUCUCCAUUAGUUCUUCACAUUGAUUUUGCUCUUGACUGGGUACAAGUCAAUGCUGGACAAGUUUUAUAUCGCAAAGGUGAUUUAAGCGAUUCUAUCUAUAUUGUAUUAAAUGGUCGUGUACGUACCAUUGAUGAACGACCAAAUGGUGUAAUUGACAUUUUGGGAGAAUAUGGCCAAGGACAAAGCGUGGGUGAAUUAGAUGUUAUGACUGGAACACCUCGUCCUCAUACGCUACACGCAAUUCGUGAUACGGAAUUAGCGCGAAUGCCAAGAACUUUAUUCAAUGCACUUUCCCAUCGUCAUCCCGAAAUUACUUUGCAAAUUUCUCGAAUUAUUGCGUCAAGAAUGCGCCUUCAACAGGAUCGGGAAUACAAUCAUAAUAACACUGGCACUGAGUUUGGGAAAAACAACACUAACCUUAAAACCGUUGGCAUAUUACCAGUUAGUGGAAAUGUUCCCGUAACUGAAUUUGCAAAAAAACUGAAAACCGCUUUAGAAAGGUUAGGUGAAACAGCUACACUAUUAAAUCAUGAAUCAGUGGUAUCCGUAUUGGGUAAACAUGUGUUCACCCAAAUGGGAAGGUUAAAACUCAUUAGUUGGUUAGCCGAACAAGAAGAAAACUCGCGAAUUGUAUUAUAUUUGGCAGAUGGAGGGCUUAAUUCUUCCUGGAAUCAAACUUGUAUUCGCCAGGCUGAUUGUAUUUUAUUAGUUGGGUUAGGAGACGAAAAUUCCACAAUUGGAGAAUAUGAAAGCCUUUUAAUAGGUACAAAGACAACUGCACGAAAAGAGCUUGUGUUGUUGCAUGCUGAAAGAUUUUGUUCACCAGGAACAACUCGUCGGUGGUUAAAUAAUCGUUCUUGGAUUCACGCGCACCAUCAUGUUCAAAUGACCAUGAUGAAACCUACAAUAUUGGAAAAAGAAACUAACCAAAAUAGGUUAAUGCAUCUUAGAGAUCAAUUACAACAAUUUUAUUCUCGGAGACUUAAAAAAUCACCAGCAACACACAGUGGAGUUCGCAGUGAUUUUUCUAGGCUUGCACGUCGUCUUUGUGGAAAGUCGGUUGGACUUGUUUUGGGGGGUGGUGGUGCACGGGGGUUAUCACACGUAGGAGUCAUUAAAGCGUUAGAGGAAGCAGGUAUUCCAAUAGAUAUGGUUGGGGGAACAAGUAUUGGAGCAUUCAUUGGCGGAUUAUAUGCACGUGAUUCAGAUAAUGUUGCAAUAUUUGGCCGAGCUAAAGCAUUUGCAUCAAGAAUGAGUAGUAAAUGGCGUCAAGUUUCUGAUCUGACAUACCCGAUUACAGCCUGGUUUACAGGUCAUCAAUUUAAUAGAGGCAUUUGGAAAAGUUUUUCAAAUACACAAAUUGAAGAUUUCUGGUUAUUAUAUUUUUGCAUUACCACCAAUAUCACAUGGUCACGCAUGGAAGUUCAUCAAAGGGGAUAUGCAUGGAGAUAUGUUAGAGCAUCCAUGUCAUUAUCGGGAUAUGUUCCUCCAAUUUGUGAUAAUGGUAAUUUACUUGUAGAUGGAGGAUAUUUGGAUAAUUUACCAGUUACCGGUACAAUAUUUGCGGUAGAUGUAGCAAGUCAUGAAGAUACAUCACCAGUUUAUUAUGGUGAUUCAUUAUCAGGUUGGUGGGUAAUAUUAAAUCGAUUUAAUCCAUUUCGAAGAACUACAAUGCCGACGAUGGCUGAUGUACAAUCAAGAUUAGCGUAUGUGUCAAGUGUAAAAACUUUAGAAGAAGCAAAAACGAUACCGGGAUGUUUAUAUAUGCAAUUACCGGUUCAACAAUAUGGUACAUUAGAAUUUAAUAGAUUUGAUGAGAUAUUUGAGGCUGGGUACAAAGCUGGUAAAGAAAUGUUGAAAAAGUUUAAAGAAGAAGGAAAAUUAAGAGAGAUAUUAAAUCAAGGGAAAGAAAGUGUGGGAAGGAAUAGAAUUCGUAAAAGAAGAAAUACAAUAAUGAAUUACAAAGAAUAUGAUCCUAUAGAAUCUGAUAAACAACUACAAAAUGUAGAAUAUUAUGAUUCGUAUGAAGACGAAGAAUAUUCACAUGAAAAUUCUCUCGAUCUUCUAAAAGACACUAAUGAAGACAAUUCCGAUGUCUGGGACGAUAGUGCGUUAAUAGCUGCUUGGGAUGUUGCUAUUAAAGAAUAUCAGUCUUUCCAUAGUGUCAAGGCUACUGAAACGAUUAAUGUGGAUGAGAACGAUAAAAUCAAUAUCAAAAAUAGAGAUACAAAAGAACAACAAGACUUUAAUGAUUUAUUUGAUCUUACCGGUACUGAACAAGAAAGGGAAUAUUUACCUAAAUCCAAAUCGAAUGAAGGAAAAAAGGGUAAAGGUCAAAUUCCACUUCCCAAAGGAUUCAAAUCUGCUACUUCUUCAGGAGGUAGAGAAUAUAAAUCACAUCCCAACACUUAUACUACUUCAAUAUAUCCUCCUUAUACACAUCAUCAACAAUAUCCUGGUUAUUAUUCAUAUCCACCACCACCUCCCCCUCAUAAUUCUCAUAAUUCUCAUCAUAAUCUGCCUCCUGUCGCUGCUUCUUCUUUUGCUGAUUUGAAUAAAGAAGGAAUGACAUCAUCAUCUAGUAGAACUCAAAAAAGACAAGAAAAUAAUGAAACAUCAAGAGAAGAAGUUACAGAAGAUUAUGAGCAAGAUCAAGAUAGUCAACAAUAUCAUUGGCCUGAAGCUGCUAAUUCUGCUGGAUAUGGAUGGCAUCCAAACUUUUUUUAUUCAAAUAUGCCUCCACCACCACCACCAAAUUAUUAUCAUGCAGAAAAUUAUCCUAACAUGCAAUAUCCACCAAGAUGGAGUGCAAAGACACCAGAUAUAGUUCCUCCUAUUCCUCCUAUGAUUGUGAGUCUAAUCAAUAUAAUUGAUUAG